AGGAGUCCAUUGAUCUGAUAAAAACAUCUGCUCGUAAUUUAUUGUUUUUUGAUUCUUUUUUCUGCUUUUGUAAAUUGAAAAAAAAAACAUUUCCUCGACCUUUGUUGGGUUUUUUCUUUUCAUUAUUGGGAGGAGGAAAACUGUUCUAUUGUUUGUCCAAGCUUAAAACGGUAAAUUUCUCUGCUUCAAUUGCAAUGCUACUGAGCACACUACAUAUAAAACGCAGAUCAUAAAACUAUAUCAGAAAGAGUCGAAAAUGACUUGCUCCAGCUCACUGUUGGUCCUGCUGUCGAUGAUGGUGCUGAUGACAGCGCUGCCGUUCGAAGCUCACGCUCAAAUAGUGCGCAACGGCCAUUGCAGGCCCACACCCGUCCGAGUCCCGGCGGGGGGCAUGAUCUGCGAGCGGCAGUGCUACACGCCUGGCGGUCCACCCUUUCUCUGCCGACGCAUACCCCUCACCACUGACCUCCGAAUAUGCAGCGGCACCUGUUGUCGCUCCGGCCCAUACUGUCUGCAGUUGCUGCGAACGUGAUUAGAUAAUACAUAUACAGUAUGUCAAGAAACUCUUUACACACUGAAAAUAAAUUAAAUUUGUUUACUUUGGAUAAGAAAAUAAUGGCCUUUGAUUGAAAUUUAUCAAAUUUGUUUAAUUCAUAACCAUUCAGGGAUUAAUUAUAAAGUAGUU